UCUCCCCUCUCUCUCUCUCACAUCCACACGCUUCAUUAUUACACGCUCACCCGCUGUAUACUUAUAUGUAAUAAUGGAUGCAUUAUCUGUCUCGUCCAUGCUAAAUCAUUUAGCGUAACUAGAUAUUUUUAAAACAAUCUCUUGUGGUAAAAGAGCUGACAUAGCUUCACCAAACAGCUGCAAGCUAACAGUAGCUUCUAGCGGAGGAUACAGUGCGGUGCAGCUAGCUAACGGUCCAGCUGUUGACAAGCUACAACUCUCCAGAAACUGCACCGGCUCUCCGUCCUUCCCGCUGGAGUAACGGUAGCGGCCAGGAGGAGCAAAUGAACGAACUGGUGAAGAGUUUGCCCUCCCCGACCUUUCCGGGGCUCCACCUGCCGUGUUUGGAUGCCCACAAAGGCUGGCUCUUUAAAUGGACCAACUACCUGAAGGGCUACCAGCGGCGGUGGUUCGUCCUUAGUAACGGCCUGCUGUCCUACUACAGGACUCAGGCAGAGAUGGCACACACCUGCCGGGGAACCAUUCCUUUGGCAAAAGCGCACAUUGAGGUGGGUGACACCUGCCACCUGGUGUUAACUAGUGGAGGCCGAAGCUACCACCUGAAGGCCACCUCUGAGGGAGAGUGUCAGCGAUGGGUGUCAGCCCUGCAGCAAGCUAAGGCCAAUGCUACUCUUCUGAUGCAUCACUCAGAUGACUCAGGAGAUGAAGGCCCUGUACCUCAGGAGGACCGAGCCCUAACCCAAGGGGUGCUCAAGACUCUGGCCAGCAAGCUAGAUGACCUGAGCACCUGUAAUGAGCUGAUAGGAAAGCACGGUGCCGCCCUCCAGCGCUCCCUCAGCGAACUUGAGGAACUCCGCGGAUCCACUGACAGCACAGACAAAGUGAAAGCUGUUAACGAGCGAGCCACCCUUUUCCGCAUCACCUCCAAUGCUAUGAUCAAUGCUUGUCGUGACUUUCUGGACGUAGCGGAUUCUCACAGCCGGAGGUGGCAAAAGGCCCUGCAGCAUGAGAGAGAGCAGCGCCACCAUCUGGAGGAGACCAUCGAACAGUUAGCCAAACAGCACAACAGCUUAGAGAGAGCCUGGAGGGAGAAUCCCACCUCAUAUACAGGUGUGGAGCGUUCUCAGGAGGGGGACGAGAGUGAUGAGAAUGACGAGUUCUUCGAUGCCAUGGAGGACUCCGCAUUCAUAACUGUGACUGCUAGUAGCGACAUACAGCACAAGCGCUCAGGGAGUAAUCAGAGUGUGAUGAGUGGAGGGAUGUCCAAUGACUGGACUCACAAUGAGAACGACACCUCAGGCACAAACCACAUGCAGCUACAAAGAACAAGACGCACUCGUAUUCCGGACAAACCAAACUACUCCCUUAACCUGUGGAGCAUCAUGAAGAACUGUAUUGGCAAAGACCUGUCCAAGAUACCCAUGCCUGUAAACUUCAAUGAGCCGCUGUCGAUGCUGCAGCGUCUGACUGAGGAUCUGGAGUACAGCGAGCUUCUGGACCGGGCAGCUCGCUGUGACUCCUCUCUGGAGCAGAUGUGUCUGGUGGCUGCCUUUUCUGUCUCCUCUUACUCCACCACAGUCCAUCGCACAGCCAAGCCCUUCAACCCUCUGCUGGGGGAGACUUACGAGCUGGACCGAUUGGAGGAGUAUGGUUAUCGCUCCAUCUCUGAGCAGGUCAGUCAUCAUCCACCAGCUGCUGCCCACCAUGUGACGUCACAGCGAGGAUGGACCUUGUGGCAGCAUAUCACUAUUGAUAGCAAGUUUCGUGGGAAAUAUAUUUCUGUCAUGCCAUUAGGAAACAUUCACCUGCAGUUCCACUCAAGCGGAAACCAUUAUGUUUGGAGCAAAGUGACCUCAACAGUACACAACAUUAUUGUGGGGAAACUUUGGAUUGAUCAGUCUGGGGACAUUGACAUUGUAAAUAUCACUACCAAGGACACCUGCCGCCUCAAAUUCUCCCCCUACAGCUACUUCUCCAGAGAAGUCCCACGUAAAGUGACCGGAGUCAUAGAGGACAAAGAGGGCACAGCCCAUUACAUCCUGUCAGGAACCUGGGACGACAAGAUGGAGAGUGCCAAAAUAGUGGACAGCAGCCAGGGAUGCGGAGGCUCUGAAGGCAAACAAAAGACAGUUUAUCAGACUCUUAAGCCCAAACUGUUGUGGAAGAAAUAUCCUCUCCCAGAUAACGCAGAGAACAUGCACUUUUUCUCCUCCUUGGCCCUGACUCUCAAUGAGCCAGAAGAGGGUGUCGCGCCCACUGACAGUCGCCUGCGGCCAGACCAGCGGCUGAUGGAAGCCGGCCUGUGGGAUGAAGCAAACAGCCAGAAGCAGCGUCUGGAGGAGUGUCAGAGGCUAGAGAGGAAAAGAAGGGAGGUGCAAGCCAAUCAGGCCCUGGAGGAAGGGCAAGACAUCGAGGGUUACCAGCCACUGUGGUUUGAGAAGAGGACAGAUGACACAACAAGAGAAAGCACCUAUGUGUAUAGGGGCGGCUACUGGGAGUCCAAAGAAAGGCAGGACUGGAGCCAAUGUCCGGAGAUCUUCUAGGACAAAAGUUCCGCUUACCCCUUGGCAACAGACAGGCUGAGUGGUUCCUCCUGAUGAAAGGAUAUGCUGUGAGUUAUGGACAGUGUGUGUGUGUGUGUUUGUUGUGUGUGUGUGUGUGUGUGUGUCAAAGAAUUUCAAGCACAAAACAAGCUCCUGCUCCCUCAAGCUUCCUCCUCUACUAGAACUUGUGUUUUUUUAGAAUGCAUGGCCUCAGUUUGUGUCCGCUUACUGCAGAGAGGUAGUUUAUGAGAGUACAUAGAGUUCUCGUGUGUGUGGGGCUGAAAUAUGCUUAAUAGAAAAAUGAUUUCUGCACCACAACAUGCCAAUGGGUGUGUAAAGGGAUAACUUGUGGUUAAGGAGUGCCGCGGAUGUUUUAGUACAAGCAUUGAAUGUCUCAUUCUCCUCAAAGCUGGAACAACAUGUUCCUCAUGCUGGGCUCUGACUGAGACGCCAGGCUUUAAAAAGGACCGUAGCAGGACAAAGCAUUCUUCUGCUAAAAAGCUUCACUUCAGAACUUUAUUUAUUGGCUUCCUUUGUUCUUGGGGACUUUUACUGUUCUGCUUCUUGAAAUUAAACUAUCUUGAAGGAUUCACAGUUACUGUCCAGUCUUGGACACAUUUUUAACAGACAGCCUGUGUUACAAGCUGGGGAUAUGGAGUUUGAAAAGUUUACCAAGCUAACUAAAGACACUAUUGAGUAUGGGAAAUGUAGGAUCCAGCAUUUUUGGAGCUUGAACCAUACUAAGGACUAAAAGUCAGAUGAUCUCGACCUCUCCUGCAUCUUUUUGACCACUCACUUUUAAAAUUGACCCCAAACUAUGGAGAUACAACAGUAAGUUGCCACUACAAAUAUCUUAAGACUGAAGUCCCACUGAAGUAUAAAUCUGCUAAACCUCUGGGAUUUUCUUCACCAAGGAAUUAUAUCGGUGCUCGAUGGUAAUUUUAGCCUUAUUUAUGUAAUGAAGUAGUAAGUCCCUAGUAACCUGGCAGACUAUUUUUUUUUUUUGAGGGGACUUGUAUACUUCAGGGUGAAUUUAAUUAAAUAUCAAUAUCAGGGUUUAUCAUCUUGGUAAGUAGAAACAGACUUGUUUCCCCUUGUUAAAACAGUAGAAAUGGCUAGCUCUAUGAGUGGUUUCUAUAUUGAAAACUAUGUUGCAUUAUUUGAACAUGUCAGCAAUAACACAACUCGCAGUCACUUAAGAAGAAAAUACUCCCAAGUCAGAAAGAUGUGUUUUAGUAUCAGUAUUCUAUAAACCGAAUGAUAGUUAUGUACAGAAGUCUGAUUUAUACACAUCAGUCAAUGACCGGAAAACAAGUAUUAUAUUACAAAUAAAAGGCUUAGCAAUACAUUUGCUAAGGCUUUUGUGUGAAAGCAAGGACUGAUGUACAUUAGUAGUAAAUAUACAUUAUAUAACCAAUAUUAACCUAUUUAUUUAUAGUUUUAAGCUUACUGUUUAUUAUAACAUGUAUGACUGCCUGGCUGGUUUUGGCCUGUAUAUAGCAAGAAUAUAAUAGAUAUAGAAUCAGCUGAUUUAAAUCACUGUAAGAAAAUAUUGUUUCACAUUACUUGAACGUUCACACUUUGAUCACUACUUAAACUCUAUUUGUGUAUACAUAAUCUUAAAUGGAGUCAAGAUUGUAUACCAUUUAAUGAGAUCCUGGGGUAAUUAAAAUAUGAACAAGUUUAUAAGAUACAGUAUAUAAUACUGAUGAUGCAAAUAAGUGUUGUUCAAAUAAAGCACAAUGUUUUGUUUUCCUGCAGGUAACGAUACAUGCUACAUAAACUCCAUGGCAGCGUAUAGCUAUGCAUGAUUUUAGAGUGCUGAAGCACUUCUGUAUUGAAAAACCUCUUCACCCAGCUAACUGUUUGUGGACUUUCUGAAACAUGAUGUGAACUCACCUUUUGUGCCCAAUGACCUCAAAAAUUAUAAUUUUUGAGCUCAAAUAAAAACAUAAAGCUGUCA